AUGUUACCGGCAACUAAUUUGUUACCUGUAAGUAAAUACCGGUUAUCAAAACAGAUAUUUCUUUAUUUCUCUCUCUCUCUCUCUCUCUCUCUCUCUCUCUCUCUCUCUCUCUCUCUCUCUCUCUCUCUCUCUCUCUCUCUCACACACACACACACACACACACACAUCUAUCUAUCUGUCUGUCUGUCUCUCUUAAUUGCAAAUGGCUGUUGUCCUACAAUUCUUGUUUUUUCUUUUGGUCUUCUUGGUUUAUCUUUUCUUCGUCUUUUCAUCUUCUUAACGUGUCUUUCCAUUUUUCAUCUUUCUUGGCUUGAUUUUUCUUCUUUUUCUUGGCUUGAUUUUUCUUCUUUUUCUUGGCUUGAUUUUUCUUCUUUUUCUUCCGUCAUGACUUCUCCUCUUCGAUUUGACGUUCACAUUGGUAGCAGCCCUAACGUGACGGAGAACCAAGUGUGCAAGCGACACCACAGCGUCCCAUCAGCACCAUUAGCUACAAUAUUCUGCGAAGAAGAUUUAAGUGGCAGAUAUGUGGGCAUUAUACUCAACGGAACAAAUGAAGAUGGUACUGGAAGUCUUGUCCUAUGCGAAGUCAUCGUCUAUCAGGAAUGA